AUGAACCAGACAGUGACCAUCCAGGGGCCCAGGUCCAACGGUGAGAAGAUUCCGUACCAGUGCAGAGAGAUAUCGAGGGCCAAGGGCAGAUUCGCCACUCGAGUAUACGAUUUCCUGUACGACCCGUUAUUCAUCGUGUCGAGUGAGCGAGACCAUGCACAGGCAAAUAUCCAGGCCACCCUGGUUCGAAGCAGACUGAAAAAAGUCCCCAACUUCCGGUCCAUGUUCAGCAACCUGUUUCAUCAUCCACGAUAUAAUAUGUACUGGAGCAAGUCAGACCCCAUCCCGCCGCACGUCACUCGAGAGUGGAGGGGACAGGAAGCCAAACACAGAGAAGUUCUCGGGCUUCAUGCUGGAAUGGCUCCUUUCCAGAUGCCUAAGGAAAAGUGCGAAGAUCCGGAUGUUUCUGGAAAGAACCGCUAUAAGUUUUUUGACAGGCCCUUCCUGCCGUUUCUUCAACAGAUGCCACUCAAUGUUGUUUUGUCACCAGCCAAAGUGGGAACAUUUCUUUUUUCUCCCGAGUCUUCUAAGUAUGCACUCAUCCCUACCAAGUCCACUGUGGGCACUCAGACCGAUUACCGGGACGCAGAUGUUCAGACGGAUCCGUACUCUCCAGAAUAUGUUGUGUGUCAAGACACCAUCCCUGAGCUCUUGACCCUGGCGAAUCUGACUUGGGGCCGAGGUCUCCCAGCGGGACAAGCAGAGGUAGAAAUGAUAGAGCGGGCCCGGGAGAAGCGAGCUUGGGAAGCCACUCUGCCCCCACUGAAUGACAGCUUGCAGAUGGAGAAGAGGAGGAAGAUGAUGAACGCUAUGGAGAGGAAGGAGUGGGCCUUCAGAGAAGGAGAGAUCGAAAAACUGCAGGAGCUGCGCCUGGAGGUUUUGAAACAGUUGCUGAAGAGGCGUGAGGAGAACCAGAAUGAGCUGGACAUGAGGCACCUGAACGAACAGUGGUCUAAACUGCAGGAAAGGAAGGAGGCCAAAAUGACGCAGAUCCGACACAAACAUGUAUCAAACAUCAGAAAGCUCAUGGGCAGAGGGAAGAACAUCGAAGGGAAGCUGCAGCGGAGAGACAUCAUCAAGGAAUAUUCCAACUUUGCAUCUCAGGUCUAUGGACCUCUGUCUCGCCUUGGCCGUUUCCCAGACAACAACUCAGAGGACUUUGUUGUCAGAAACCACUAUCUCAACACCUAUGAAGGAUUAGUGGAACUUGAAUCAUGCCUCCCCGAUUUUGUGACACAGCCAAGGAUCAAAGCUCCAAAGCCCAAAAUCAUCACCACCAGGGCCGGCUUUCUGAAGAGGACGGCCAGGGCAGACUAUGAGUUGACAGAGGUUCACAAGGCGCUGUUAGAUAAGAAGAAUAAAGGUCUGGAAGGAUCGAAAUCUCUGCGAUUCCUGCAAAAGAAUCCCAUCUCUCAGGCUCGGCUUCCAACCCCCUCCCUGGAAAUGACUUCCUAUGAAGAAGGAGAAAUAGAAAUGGCCGUGAUCUACUUGCAGAAGUUACUCCGGGGCAGAGUCGUGCAGAACAUGAUGUUUGAGGGCAAGGAGAAGCGGUUGGAGUUGAUCCUGGAGUUGCGCACCAGCCACGCCCUGCAAGAGGAUGACAGGCUAGUGAAGAAAGCAGAGAAGCAAGUGACGCUGGCUCUACAGCGGCAGAGGAACCUGCACGAGGACAAGUUGUCAGUGGUUGAAAACCACUUGGGUGACCUGGAAGGAAGGGUGCUGGCGGAUAUGUUCGACUUCCUGUCCAAAGAGCUGGUGAGGCUGCAGGAGGAGAGGAGGAUCCACGCCUUUGCCAUGCUGGCCGAGCGCCAACGGCGCAUGCGGGAGGCAGAAGAGAGCGGUCGGCGCCAGGUGGAGCAAAGGCGCCUGAAGCAGGAGGACCAGAUAUUCAUGGAGGUGAUUAAAGUUCACCAAAGCACGGUAACCUCCUACCUGGAAGACAUCAUACUGAACACUGAGGAGAGAACUGCAGAGGAACAAGCCAGAGAAGAAAUCGAGAAGAUCGCUGAGGAGAUCAACAACAUCGCUUAUGAAAUGGAGAGCCGCCGGACGCACCUGCAGUCAGAGGAGAUUGUUGCUGAACUGGUUUACAGUUUUCUCAUCCCAGAGGUACAAAAAGACUUUGUCAAAGAAAAAGUGAGGAACGCACAGCGGAAGCACAUCCUCGCCGCCCAUGAGAUCAUCCAUACCAACACGGAACUGAUGCUCCAGGAUAAUGCCUUAGAGGAACAGGAGACAGGGGAGUUCGAGCUGCUGCAGCCUGAGAGCCCAGGCUCCGACGUCCCAACUCUGUCAGUCUCGGACACGUCAACUAUAAAACCCACUCCUGAAGAGGGAGAAAGCUAGGUGAGUCUACCUUUCCACCCGGAAGGGCGUCCUGGAGGAGGAGAAGCAACUCCAUUCAGCUCCGGGCACGACUUCAACCAAGUGUGACACGAGUGGACUGUCUGUUGUUAAAACAGAACCAGAACCAAAGCGGAGCGCACUCACCUCGUCCAGGUUAGGACACCCAUUGUUGAGUUUAUUAGAUAGAGUUGGCUCCAUAGCAACUGAACUCUUGCAAUCUGAAAAAUAAGACUAUAGGUUAUUUUGGGGGGAGGUCAUUUUAGCCUAUAAUGUGUUCCAUCACAAAUAAAACAUCAGGGAAUAUGUGGA